AUGAGCGGCUCUCCUUCAGACUCAGCGGCAGUCAUGGCCCUGAGAGACCAAUUCGGCGACCGCAAACCGCCAGAUAUCACUCGCAAGAUCACCGCAUGUGUAGCUUGCCGGAAGCAAAAAAUCAAAUGCCACAUGCGGGACGGCCAGCCGCCAUGUACGAGAUGCAAGAAACGCGGCCUACCGUGCACUGUCAACAAAAGCCUGCAGAUGAUCCUCGAGAGCGACGCCAGCUGGAAACACGUCGUCGACCGCAAGCUCCGAAUUUUCGAAUCGGCACUGGGCAAACUUGCCAACCAACUUCAGAUUCCAGACCUGAUAGAAGAUGACCAGGAGCUUGACGAGGACACGCCGGAGCCCUCGAAUUCCCAUGCUCGUCAAGCCCAGGUAUCGCCGCAUACCGAGAAGCACACCCCGCUGAACUUCGAAGUGGUCAUGGAUCCAGACUCCGGGCCUGCAGCGAUCCCAGGCUCGGUGGUUUCGCCAAUUGCAAUCCCGGGUCUGGAGAUCAAUCGCGCGGACCACGAUAUCAUCACCCGUGGCAUCGUUACCAAAGACCAGGCGGAACGCUAUCUCGAUAUCUACCAAAAUCGCCUCGACCACUUUCUCUAUAGGAUCAUUGGCGAUCGCAGAGACCUGUCGGAGGUGCGGCAAGCGUCGCCUCUACUUCUUGCAGCAAUCUGCGCCGUCGGAGCCCUUCACAUGAACACUCCGGACUUCGAAAAGUGCUAUCAGGAGUUUGUCUCGAUUGCAGCGUCGCAGACAUUUUCUCGACGCAACACCGUCGAUGACAUACGGGGUCUCUGCGUCGCUGCCUUCUGGCUGAGCGGCAUUUCCUGGACCUGCGUUGGCACGGCUGUCCGCAUCGCGACCGAGAUUCAACUGCACAGGAGUAUAUUCAAGGCACUAAACAACGACAGGACCCAUUACCAGCGUACCAGGCUGUACUACCUGGUCUUCGUGUGCGACCACCAUUUCUCUGUGGCGUAUGGCCGACCGCCGAUGACCCGUCAGGAUGAUGCAAUUCGCGCCGCGCUGCAAUUUCUUGAGACUGAACAUGCAGUGGAGGACGACGCUCGACUUAUCUCGCAGGUCCAGUUCUGGUCGGUGGCUAGCGAGAUCUACGGGACGUUCGGAGUGGACGUGGAGAGGCCCUUGGACGCCAGCAUGAUCGAGCCGCUGCGCAGAUUCAGCAUAAGCCUCGACCGUAUUAGAGCCGACUGGACACAACGAUUCAGACUCAACCAGUAUGUCGGGGAUUACCCCCGAAAGGGCGUUGGCCUCCAUUGUCACUUUGCCAAGCUGUACCUCUACUCCAUGGCCUUCCGGGGCAUCGGCAAGCCAGGCUUCAAAGCGCCGGAUGUGGCGCUCGAUAUCGAUGAGAUAGCGAACUCGGCCGUACUGUCAGCCACCUCGAUCAUCCGGGCUGUGGUUACGGAUACCGAGAUCCAGAGCUUCCUGAAUGGCUUGCCGACUUACUUCGACUUGAUGAUUGCCUUUGCCGUGGUGUUCGUGCUGAAAGUUUCUACCAAAUAUGCCAGCUCCGUCCGCGUCGAUACCAGCGAGAUUAGGAGCCUAGUUGUGCGUGUAACUCUUCUUGAGCAUUGAUCGGUUCUGUGCUGACCGAAGAAUAGACCAAUCUGGUAGCUGUCCUGAGAGAUGUUACUGCCGAUAUGCACCCUCGCCACCUUCUAGUCGGCGUGGCCAAAGGAGCAGAGAGCCUACUCGACCGAUGCGGGCCGCAAGAAGUGCAAGGCCCUGUGCCAUCCAACGCUCAUGUGACUAUGAGCCAACCGACAUUUGAUGAAAGUCUGUUCGACAUGUCGACUGAAUGGAAUGGCCAGUCGUUUGACAACUUCUUCAUGGGAGAAUUUGAUUUCUUGUCAAAUCAAGACGCCAUGAAUACCUAUCAGCCUGACCUGAACUACAACUCGAUGUCACAGAUGUGA